CUUGAGUUUCUCAGCGAAGCAGAGACAAUGAAAAUAUUUGAUCACAACAAUAUUGUCAAACUGCUAGGGGUAUGCACUAAAGGAGAACCAGCACUGGCUAUCAUGGAGUUAAUGAUACAUGGUGACCUGAAGAGCUUCUUACUUGCAAGAAGACAAUUUGUCAACCAGAAUUGCAAAGAGGCUGAUGAUGUAACCCCAUCCAAGUUGACCAGCAUGGCUUUAGAUAUAGUCACUGGAUUAGCUUAUCUGUCGGAAUUGAAAUACGUUCACAGGGACCUUGCAUUACGUAACUGCAUGGUAGGAUCUGGUCACGUGGUUAAAUUAGGUGACUUUGGCAUGACAAGAGCCAUGUUUGAUUCUGAUUACUACAGAUUUGGACGUAAAGGUAUGCUUCCGGUGCGCUGGAUGGCGCCAGAAUCCCUUUCAGACGGGGUUUUUACUACCAAGUCAGACGUUUGGGGCCUGGGCGUCACCAUGUGGGAGCUUUGCACCAUGGGUAGUUUCCCGUACCAAGGACUGUCCAAUUCCGAUGUUGUUUUAUAUGUUAAAGAAGAGAAUAUUAUGGAAAUGCCUAAAGGCUGCACGACUCAGUUAACUGAAUUGCUAAGGUCUUGCUGGAAAACAGACCCGAACCAGCGUCCUGAGCCAAUCACUAUCAUCGAGCAUUUGAGCAAUCAUAAUGAGAUGAUAAAACCAUGCCUAGACGCUCCCAUUGCUAGUAUCACUACAGACCUCGAUCUCCUUGACACUGACAGUGUUAGCGAAAGACCCUCGAGCCCCCGACUCAGUACGCGGAAGAUAUCCCGGGCUUUGAAGCAAUCCUCGUGGUCCCCGAAACCUGGGUCGUCUCAGAGGGUCAUGCCUGGCGUACAAAUGACGGAGGAACAGUUUCGGACGAUUCUGAAGUGUGAAUCAGCCCCUGGAACUCCUGUCUCGGAAAGAAAAACGCCGGAACCCUCACGAGAUCGAAGGGAGCAGUUUGUAUAAAAGGUGAUAGAGUAGAAUAGAGUUUAUAUCUCUGGGAAAACAUAAGAAAUUUGUACAUACAAAAGCAUUUGCGCGCGCACUUUCCCCCCCUAUCUUUUCUGAUAACUAACAUACAGUGGUAACCGUAUUUUAAUUUUAUCCGUAACUAAGCAUUGUGAUUGGUUGGAAGAAAUAAAAUUAAUACAUUGCUGUGCGCGCCGCGCCGUGCCGUGCCUGCUCAAAUUUUAAGAAUUUAUAUAUAUAUUUUUUUCAUCAAAUCAUUUAUUAUUAUGUUGUCAUGUAUCCGCAUAUUAUCGUAGUUUAUUAGCUUAUAUUUAUAUUUUUUAUGUUGGGUAUAAAAUCAUAUUAUGUUUUCCUCAGUCUCAUGGGAUCAGACAUACUGAGGUCCUUUACUUUUACUGAGCACAAAGAUUUUAUGAGCCAAAAACUUAAUUAUUUUGCCGAAUAUUUGGGCCUUGGGUAGAUGACUCGGUGUUUCCCCGCGUUCAGUCUGUUCUCAGUGAUCAUAGUCAAAAAUCUCCCGUCUAGACAUUCACCUUGGUUCAUUUGUAAAAUACUAACAAACGAAUAUUUAAUAUCCACGUCUUCAGAUUAGCAAUACAAAGUUUUCGUGAAUGCCAUCACCAAAGCAUUUUUCAUACAUGGUCUUGUUGAAAUAUGUGAUGUCAUAUAACAGACAAGGGUGGUAAACAUUUUUCACACCUGAGCUCGUUCUCUUGUUAAACUAGUUGACAUCAUAUGAUAAACAGGGAAAAGUGUGAUCUGUUUAUACAUACCAUGGCCUGGCAAACAUUUUCUACGCAUGCGCUAGUUUUUGUUAAAAUUUAUGACGUCAUAUGAUUGAGUGGGACGGGAUCGUCAUGACGACUAAAGAAUCAAUAUUGAAGUAUUUAAAUAUAUAUAUCUUAACCCUCUAGCUAUUAUUUUACAUAAAACAACAAACAAUAUCUCACAAAACGUAAACAUUUUAAUAAACAUAAUUUGUCUAUUGCGAAUAAAUCCAUCCAUCCUUGUAUAAUUUAUUGUCCAUCACGUGAUCUGACGUUGUCAUGGCAGCCUGAUUUCGUUUGAAUAUGAAACUAGUUAACUAAAAAACUUUAACCUAGAAAAAACUGUCCUUUAUUUAUGCGUAACAUCGCAUCUAGCUCGAUGUUACCGUAUCGAUGGUUUCCAACCAUUCCCAAGAGAAUUGAAUAACAAACGACACGGCGGCCAUGAUGGAAGAUAUAAAAGAAUUCAUUGUUGACAAUUCUUUUGUUACACUCCUCAAACAUGGCCAAGGUGAAAACCAUCAAUGAAAAGACUUCCAUCGUUUUCUCCAUAGUGCUGUAAAGAUGGUGAUGUACAUUUAUUUUUACCUACUAAGAGUAGUGCUUACUUGUGUAUGUCAUACUGUAACAAAAGCACAUUUUUGCUCUACAGUACUGUAACAACGUUAAUGCGUAUUUACUAUCGUGUAUAACUUUAUUUGUAAUCUCUAUAUUGCUACUGGUGUCAGUCAUUAUGAUAACGUGUGCGCGCAAUCACCAUCGUGUAUAACUUUACCUAUAAACCAUAAUGCCUACUACCAUAUAUCUUCAUAUACCGACAGUCUUUACUCAAUAAUGCUUACUACCAUAUAUCUUCAUAUACCGAGAAAGUCUUCACUCAAUACUGCUAUAACAACGUGUGCGCGCAUUUACCAUCAUGUAUAGCUUUACCUAUAAACCAUAAUGCUUACUACCAUAUAUCUUCAUAUACCGAUAGUCUUUACUCGAUACUGCUAUGACAACGUGUGCGCGCAUUUACCAUCAUGUAUAGCUUUACCUAUAAACCAUAAUGCUUACUACCAUAUAUCUUCAUAUGACGAGAAAGUCUUCACUCAAUACUGCCAUGAAAACGUAUGCCCGAAUUCGCACUGCUGUCAGAUUUCAUGCUUUUUGUUCAUCUUUCUCGGACUCCAAAAGAGCCGACUUUUUCGUUGUAAAACUUUAAAACAAGUUUAAACUGACAAAAUAGAAACUAUCAUAAUCAUUGUUCUAGUCUCUGCUCGAUAUAAUAUACAUUUCUUAAAACGUUCCUCAGAAAUAAUGAAUAUAAAAUGACAUGAUAGAGUUUCAUUCAGCAUGUUUAUAUCAUGGUCGAAGUAGUGUCGCCGCCACCACAGGGUGACCACCAUGUCGCGUCGUGUAGUUACUGAAGAAAUCAUUACAAAGCUACACUAGUUCAAGGUUUGCUAUAGCAUGUUUACUCUCGUGGUAAGUCGGAUGCAGUUCAGUUCUACUAAUAACGUUCAGUGCACUCGCAGUGCUUCCAGGCUGCUGCUCGAGUAUCGUAGUAAACUUUAAACGAGCCUUUGGACUGCUGAACUCCGGUUCUGAAUCACUAUCCGACAUGUCAGUACAGGGCGUGGUGCAUACCACGUGGAAUGUAUUCCCCUGCAUUAAUUCCCGGUACGCUGGAUGACGUAAUGCACCGGAAGUAUUCCUUCCCUGCUGGGAGGUCUCGGAAGACUUCACUUGAUCUUUUCCAUUCCGCGAGCUUGAUUCUCUGUAACUCGAUGAAAAGAUCUUAACAUCAUAAACACCGGCAUCUUUCUCGGCGGUAUUCUCUUUUUUCGUCGCAGCAGGGGUGCUAUUAGCACGCGAACGCUCCAAGGUGCGCAUAUAGUACAUAAACUCUCGAGGGCUUCUGGGAACGCCCAGAGUAUCAAAGGUCUUCCAUUCAGGUCCAUUAAGAGUGCUGACGGCAUAACCUUCUGCUAGACUCUCUUUGUCAGUAUUAAGGGAUUUCAAGGGGUUUUCAAUCAUUCCCAUGAGAUUAGACCUGCUGCAUCCAGUACCCUCCAUACAGACUAGUGGUGGGAGGUCAAUGGUUGAGUGGUGAUGAUGGCCUGAUUUGCACAGACGUCGUUUAUUACGUGGGCUCUUUGAAAUGCUCUUGCCUUUAUUUCCUGAAGGAAAGAAUAUUUCCUUAGUUAUUUAAAUUACGCUAUAGCGUUUCCUAACUUAAGAGGUACUGAGGUAUUUCCUAACCUGACAGUGAGACUGUUCACUAUGCUAUGCCCCCCUUUUUUCCACGUGGGCUAGAUACAGAGGGUUGGACCCCUUUAGCUUGAAUAAACAACUCAAGCCAACAAUCUUUAUUCUCAUUUUCAAGAAAAUACCACGUGGUCGGAAAUAGGAAAACAUUGUUUCAAGGUGAAUGAGGUCCGUUACGUAUUAGCCAUUCAGAGGUUGAGGAAAAAAACUGGGUUGAUAUUUGGCUUUGCAGUGCAUUUUAGUACAGUUUUAGUCGAAAAAGACGCCCAGCCAUUUGAAACAUUUCUCCUAAAACAUCCCCAAAAUGCGCUGUAAUGCCAACUCGAACCAGGUUUUUCUUCAACCUCUGAAUGGUUAAUACUUUGCGCGUUGUAUUAAUUCUACAGAGCUAACACUUCGUGCAUACUAUCUGGUUAGAUCCAAGGGUUUAGUGGUUUGAACGCAACCCAGGUUACCGCACUAGAAUGCUGGUCAUUAACUGAGCUACGCUUACUGGUAUUUUAAAUAUGCAGGUAACAGAAAUAGAACAACCCAAGAAACCCUGAGUAGUCUCAGAAAUUCCGGUCAUACAGUACAGACUUAGAAUACAAAUGAAAAUGUUAAAA